AUGCGAGCUACUUCAAUCCUAAUCGGACUCUUUCCUUUCAGUUCUGCGCUGGUGGUGCCUCAGGCUUCUUGUAGGCAAAAUCCUGGGCUAUCCAUGGGAUUGUAUGACGAUCCAUUGCCACCCAAACAAAGUGAUGACGAUGAAGUUGCUGAAAUCCCCCUAUCGGCGAGACGAUUGUUCAAUUUCAAACUGGAUGGCACGGAAUCGAGAGGUUUGUUGCCACCUUUGUCGCGUAGUCUGGAUUCUGGCAUUGGAUGUUCUUUCACACCAUCGGGUCCAGAGGUCCAAGAUUUGGUCGAAACGACAGAUUGCAAUGCCUUAGAUGCUGCCUGGGCACUGGAUGCUUGCAAAGGAGAUGCCGUCCAGGCAGAAAAUUGUAUCGAAGCAGCGCGAUCGAAAUUCAUGAACGACGAACCAAGUACAUCAUCAUCAUCUUCUUCUUCCCAAGGUUUUGACCUUCGAAAAGCAGAACGACUCAAGAAACAAGCGGCCAAAAAAGGCAGAAUCAUCAUAGGACCUCCAGAGACUGGUGAACAAGAUUGGUUGCCAAUCAAGAACCCAGCACCAGUUGAUGAUGAGCCAUGGUUCACAGGGUGA